CGCAAAAAAAGGGAGAUAACUGUUGUGUAGAUAAAUAAAACUUUAAUUGCGUCCUUAAGUUUUUGCUUCAACGUGAAAUCAGUGGACAACGACACUCGGUAUUUACUCACACAUAUAAUUCAUCACACCAUGGCCAGUGUAAGUGGUGAGAUCUCCAGUGACAAAUUAACGGAUCUCAGGGUUGUGGACCUUCGCAAUGAACUGGAAAAACGAGGUCUGGACAAGACUGGAGUAAAGGCCGUGCUCUUGCAACGUCUGGAAAAGGCUCUGAAAUGUGAAGAAGAAGAAAGUCGUAAAAACACUGAAGGAAGUGAAGAGAAACCAGAUGUAGCUGCCUUGGUAAAAAUUGACACUCACUCUGAAGAGAAAUGUCUGGAAGAAAAUCAAUCUACUGAAGAUAUUAUAAAUGAGCAUACUACAGACAACAUGGAUGAGAAAGAAUCAGAGACAUCUGAUGUGGCAUUAACAGAUGUGUUGUUAAACACUACCAAUUCAAAUGGUUACUCUUUGCUCUCUGACAAAACUUCUGUGGAAGACCUUUCUGAAGAUCAACUGCUUUCAAGUGAUACCAAACCAUCAGAUAUGUUGGCAGAUAACACCUUUGAUAAAGACCAGUUUAAAGAGGAACUACCUAUCUCUUCUUCAGAUACAAACAAAGACACUGGAACUGUUCUGCAGGGACAAUCUGAUGAUCCAUUAAAGAAUACCACAGCACCGCCAGAACAGUCGUCUUCAUCAACAGAGAAUAAUAUAAAAGAAGAAAAUAGCGAAAAGACUUCAUCAGCCAGUGUGAGAAUUACCCCUCUACCACUAAAUUCUAAUGAACUUAAAGAUGAAGUGGUCAUUGCAUCUUUCUCAGACAGUUUACCUCCAACACCUACCAGUGUUCCUUGCAUAGCUCCAUUAACAUUAGAAGACAAAAUCAACAUGGACACAUCCAUCGCUCGAAAGAGUGAAGAAAAUGCAUCAUUGAUUCUGCAUGUUGAUGAUACACAGAAUGAUUUAGAUGCUGAUAUUGUGGCAUCAAAGACAAAUAAUAAAACGGACAACGCAUCAAUGGACAAAGUGAGUGGCAAAACUGAAGUGAAGAAAACAGAUGGAAGCAAAGUUGAAGAAAGGGCUAAAGGUAAAACAGAAGGAGGGCAAACUGAGAAGAAGGCUGAUGAAAAGAAAGAUGAUAAAGAUGUAAAGUCGAAGAGUUCUUUGGUUUCUAAGCCCAAAGCUGCCAAAAAAGGCAACAACCAAGCCAAUCGGAAUUUGUGGGUCAGUGGUUUUCCUGCAAAUGUCUCUGAUAAAUUCAUAACCGCAAUUUUUAGCAAAUAUGGCAAGGUGGCGGAUUGCCAAAUGAUUACACGAUCACGGAAAUCUGGUACUCGAUGUCAUGCCUUUGUUACUAUGUCUACUGAGGCCGAAGCUUUGCAAUGUAUAAUGUGGUUGAAUAAAUCUCAUGUGAAUGGUAUGAAAUUAACAGUUGAAAGGAAAAUGAAAAUUUCCAACAAACUUCAGGAGAAACGACAGAAGACUGCACGCUGGAGAAAAAAGGGCCCGAAAGCACAGGAGAAACGUCGGUCACAAAAUCUUGGAUUAGCUUUAAAGCUUCAGAAGGAUGUGGAAAAACAACAGCAAGAGGAGGCCAUAAGAUUGGACAUUAUGCGGGAGCAGUUAAGGCUGGAGAAAAUGAAGCUGGAGAAAGAAAAACUACUAAAAUACAGAAUGGAAAAAGAAAUUCUCAAAAUGGAAAGACGUAGUGUAGAGAUGCGCUGUGCUGAAAUGUUGCGGCUGGAAGAAAUAACGCAUUCUGUGCAGAGACCUCCAGAUCGAAAGAACCCACGUAAGGGAGAGCUCUGGGAUGAACCCAAAAGACGCAGGAUGAUGAAUUCCAGGAACCUUCCUAGAUUUGAACCUCCAUUCCAGAAUGAAUCUCGCUUUGAACAACUUGAGGAACCAGAUUAUGGAAGACAAAUGGACCGUUUUGAAAGAAGGGAGGGCAGAGAAACUGGAGGCCGUUUCAAUGAAUAUAAAGAAAGAGAAAUGAUGAGAAGGGAGAUGGAUCUCUUCCGAGAUUUUCGAGGCAGUGGUGAAAGACGACCUGAUGACCAGUUUCUAACAGAUGACCAUCUCAAUCGGAUGCCCAACGAGUUCAGAAGAGAUAUGGGACCAAGUGGAGAACUUGAUAGAAGAUUUAAUGGUCCUGACCGAGGAAGAGAUAUCGACAGACAAAUUAUUCCAGCUCAUAAUAGAUCAGGUCGAAUGAGAACUUCUGGUGGUGGGCCUGAGCAGAGACCUUCUUGGGGGUCUGGCAGUGUAGAUAGGAAAGCGGAAAACUGGUCCCACAUGCAUGGAAACAUGAACAGUGAUAUGAUCCGACCCAAUGACCGGUGCCUUGGUAACCCCAUGAACACAACAGGGCGAGAUGCUACUGGAGCAUUUGUUGCCAGUAGUAGCAGUGGUGGGAUGGGACAGAAACAGAGACCUGGUAACAUGUUUGGCAGCUCUCAACCACAAGGUGGGAUGAUGAUGAUGAAUACACAUGGUGGUAGCAACAACAUGGGUGGACGUGUGCAACAGCCUCGCUUUAAUGUUUACAACAUUAUGGGAUCCAUGUGAAACCCAAACUGAGGACCAAGGGGUGGGAGUCUUGGCAGGGUGUUUGACUCGGAGGGGCAGAUGGAACCUGAGACAGAUAAUAAAACCCUGCCCUACAGCCAUAUAUCACCCCCAACCUUCAUUCCAAUUGUCACUUAGUGUUUGGUUCCUGAGCAUCCAAUCAUAUUUCUGUCCUUCCAUAUUUUUUUAACUGACACAUGUGCACACACACAAAUGUGUGUGUGUACACAUACACCCAGAAUCACACUAAUAGCUUAGGAGUGAAUUUAGGAUUUCUCAGUUUUCCGUUAUGUUUUUAUUAUUCUGUGUAC